GCCACCUGCCCCCUCGGCCGGCUCGGACUCGGCGCCGCGCUUUCUUCUCACCCCGGAGCCGGCGGCGUGCGAGCGGCUGCGAUGAACCCGGUGAAUGCCACUGCUCUCUACGUUUCAGCGAGCCGCCUGGUGCUCAACUACGACCCUGGGGAUCCCCAGUCCUUUACCGAGAUUAACAAGCUCCUGCCCUACUUCAGGCAGUCCCUCUCCUGCUGCGUUUGCGGAAAUUUGCUACAAGACCCUAUCGCUCCUACCAACUCCACAUGUCAGCAUUAUGUCUGCAAAACUUGUAAAGGCAAGAAGAUGAUGAUGAAACCGUCAUGUAGCUGGUGCAAGGACUAUGAACAGUUUGAGGAGAACAAGCAGCUGAGCAUCUUAGUGAACUGCUAUAAGAAACUCUGCGAGUACAUAACGCAGACUCCACUGGCACGAGAUAUUAUCCAGGCAGUCGAUUGUUCCGCGGAUCUUUUAGCUUUGCUCAAAGAUGGAUCGCCGCUCCAUGAAGAGACAGAAAAACCUUCCGAUACAGCCUUGGCUUUGUGUUUGACACAUUCCCCAGUACCUUCAACCUCAGAACUCACAACCGAUCCUCCGGCUGGUUUUACAUCGCUACCUGAAAGCACACACAACAUCGAUAUCAGAGGUUCUGUUAUCAACGGGUUGCCCAAUUGUAAUGGGCUUUCGGUAGAUAAACUUGGAGUGAAUAUUCCCUCUCCAGAGCACGCGAACACCAUUGAUGUCUGUAGCACUGGCGAGUACAUCAAGACGGAAGAUCUGCCGAGCAGCCUGCAGCCCGUGUGCGACACCGUUUCCACGAGUGACUUGUGCACGACGGGCAUUGACAUCUGCAGCUUCAGUGAAGACAUCAAACCGGGUGGCUCGCUUCUCCUGAGCGUUGAGGAGGUCCUCCGGAGCUUAGAGACCGUGUCGAAUACUGAAGUCUGUGAUUCUAAUUUGCAGCCCAGCUUGGAAGCGAACAUGACUAACGGCCCUUUCCUGCAGCUCUCUCCCCCACCUCUCAGCCAUAACAUUUUCAUGUCCACAGAUGCUUCUCCUCACGGAAUCUCCUGCACCGCAGCGACGCCCAAGGUGGUUAAGUUAAACAGAAAGCGAUCUCGGUCAGAAAGUGACAGUGAAAAGGUUCAACCUCUACCCAUUUCCAGCAUCAUCUGUGGCCCAACAUUGGGAGCGUCAGCUCCCGUAACAGUGAAACAGGAAAAUAAAAUGUCUUUGCAGCCUAUUGCGACUGUACCUAACGGAGGCACUACCCCCAAAAUCAGUAAAACUGUGCUCCUGUCUAACAAAAGCAUGAAAAAGAAUUUAGACCAUGCCCCUAAGAAAUCUCACCCAAAAGCCAAACCAGGGGUGCUGAAAACAAAAGACAAAGCGAAGGAGAAAGUUCCUAGCAGUAACGUUAUGCCAGGAAGCCCAACAAAAACUGUGUACAAAAAGCCCCAAGAAAAGAAAGGGUGUAAAUGUGGUCGUGCCACCCAAAAUCCAAGUGUUCUUACCUGCCGUGGCCAACGCUGCCCUUGCUACUCGAACCGCAAAGCCUGCCUUGACUGCAUAUGCCGUGGCUGCCAAAACUCCUACAUGGCUAACGGGGAGAAGAAGCUGGAGGCGUUUGCAGUGCCAGAAAAGGCCUUGGAGCAGACUCGGCUGACUUUGGGCAUUAACGUGACGAGCAUUGCGGUGCGCAAUGCCAGCACGAGCACCAGUGUAAUCAAUGUGACAGGGUCACCAGUAACGACGUUUUUAGCUGCCAGUACACACGAUGAUAAAAGUUUGGAUGAAGCUAUAGACAUGAGAUAUGACUGUUGAGUCUUUUCUUUUCCCUGCCAUCCGUAGGGGAACUGCUACAGGUUUACGGCAGCUAUGGUUCUGUUUAACUUGCUGGAGCUCCUGCGUUUAGAUCACUUGUAUCAAGUGUUUUUCAUUGCUAUGUUAUGUGUAUUAGUGUCUGGGAAAUAGUUGCAGAUAAUGGAGGAGUUACCCUAAAACUGUUUUUAGUUCUUACAGCACCUCAUAGUUUGAGAUCAAUUGCUGAUGUAAAUGAUUUUAUCACAAGAUCUUUGGCAAAGAUUAUAUUAACCUCAUUGUACUUGGUCAUGCUUUGUGCUCAGUCAAAGCUGCUGCGUAAGUGUAGAGAAGUGGUACCUAGUUAGUCCAUCUAAACCGUGCUAGGUUAUGGCGUAGAAAAAGAAUUCUCCAUUAGUUACAGACACCAUUACUGGAAAAUCACAUAAUAUUCCUGUAGGAAAUGCAGCAUUGAGUCUGAAAAGGGCAGAUAAUGCCUGACUGUGAGAAUUGGCUAUCUCCUCUAUGGAACAGCUUAAAAAAAAAUAAUUCAUAAAUACCUUGAGAAAGCAAAUAGCCCAAAGAGCAGCUCAGUCUCCAGGCAAGGGCCAGGAAUAUCAGUCGCUGAGACAUGAGCGUGGAACUGCUGCCUCAGAUACCGUGUCCCCGGUAACACCACCGCUCUUUUUGUUGGUUUUUCGGCAGUUCGUGUUCCUGACCCGUUCUGCCCUCUGUGCCAGCCUCGCUUGUUUGGCAUGUGACUCUUUUGGCUGGGGCAAGAAAACUACUUGUACACAAAGAAACCUCAGGUGUUAUUAGCACUAUUAUCUCCUUUUCUCCUCCUCCCCUUUUUUUUUUUUUGGAGCUCCUGCUGAUUUUCCUGCUGUUGCUUCUACAGAAGAGCGGGGAUUUUGUGGGUUGUGGAGAGACCCCAUGGCCGAUCCCACAGCAGUUAUCAAUCACCACUGGGGGUGUUCGAUGAAGUUUGUACCCCAGCCCUGUCCCCUCAAGGGUGAUUCUUUAUUUCCAGCUGGGGCCAAGGAUCAGUUGUAAGGUCCAAUAUAUUCUGGAUGUUUGUUAGAAUAAGCCGUGUAAUUCACUCCUCCCAGAAUCCAGCUCAUUCUUUUCUAAUACAUUGGAAGUAGCUUUUGAAGGUUAGCGCCUUUCAACCUCCCUAAAAUGGAAAAAUAACACUAAGUUGUCAAAGAGCUCCUCUCAGAAAGUGUUAAAAUGAAAGCACCUUUGUAGGAAUUCAGCUUCAUGCAAAAAUGGUUCAUUUUGGCGUAAGUCCUAAAUAAGAGUCGAAGCAGAAGAACGUAGCCUUGCAUUUCGGGCUUCAUUGGCAGCCUGAAAAAGUCAGAUUACUUUGUGAAAGCAGAAAUUUCUCCUCCUUGAAUGAGACAGCAGAAAUUCACCGUGGGCCGACUAGAACACAAACCAUCACCCUCUCAUUGCAAAGGCAGUUCCUGUUCCGACAGCGUGUUCAACAGGACGUGAAGGUUUUUGAGUCCCUUUCCCUCUUCCAUCUCUCCCUCUCCUCGCCCCGCGAACCCGCCGCGCUUUCCGCCCUGACGUUUGCUGUGUUUUGAUUUGGCACAAAGCAUGUACAAUGAUGGUUCCUCACCUAAGAAAUAAGCAAAACCCUUUGGACACAAAUGACACCUCCUUUUGUUUUGUAGUGUACCAUGGUGUCAUCUUCUGUGAAUGUGGUCAGAUCUUUUUGUUGGUUUUGGUUUGUUUCUCCCCCCGUCUUUUUUGUGGGGUGGGUAUAGGGUGGGGGGUUAAAGCCAUAGGAAGAAAAAUGUGAUGUACGUGUCCAGUCUGUACUUUUUUGUUUUUGUUUUGCAAGAAGAGUUGAAAAAUAUUUUUGAUAAUGAGUAAAUGGUGGAAAAUGCUUCUUAGUAUUCUUGUCUUUAUUUGCCAACCCAAGUACCGAAGAUCUGUGUUUUUUAGCCCUCAUGAGAUUUACCGAUGUCCUAUUAAAAUGUAUUUAGUUAAA